CGCCCUCGGCCGCGGGACGGAAACGCCUGUACUCACGUGUACAGCAAGUGGAGGAGCUUGGUGUACGGGCAGUGUCCUGGUUGCAGGUAGAGGAGUUUUCAAGAGUUAUAGCUUGGAGGACAACACUGCUUUCUUUUUUUGGGUGCAGCAAAGUGAGUCACGAUGACGGACCGCAAGGCAGUGAUCAAGAACGCCGACAUGUCGGAGGAGAUGCAGCAGGACGCCGUCGACUGCGCCACGCAAGCCCUCGAGAAGUACAACAUCGAGAAGGACAUCGCGGCGUUUAUCAAGAAGGAGUUCGAUAAGAAAUACAACCCCACCUGGCAUUGCAUCGUGGGCCGGAACUUCGGCAGUUACGUUACGCACGAGACCAAGCACUUCAUUUACUUCUACCUGGGACAAGUAGCCAUCCUACUGUUCAAGUCCGGCUAAAUCUGCGGUAGCUUAUGUGGAAUGUCUUGAAAUUCUUGUGCACUAACUGUCCUGCGGAGAGGAGAGCGUCCGUUUAAUUUAUUGCCGACAAAACGAGGAGUGACCGUGAUGUAACCGCAGCUCGCAACGCUUUCAUUCCCUCUCUCAAGUACAUUAUUAUUUUAGUGUUUGUUCUUUUGUUGUGAAUAAUAUGGUACUCAGAGUCGGGAUUAUUAACAUUAACGUUAAUAAAGCUUCAGGCCGGUGAUCCACCAA